AUGGGUCUUAUAAAUCAUGUCUUCAACGCAGACAGCCUGAAGAAGCUGUACGUUUCAAACCUGGGUAUUGGGCACACGAGGUACUCCACCUCGGGAAUUUCUGAGCUGCAGAACUGCCAGCCCUUUGUCGUAGAGACUCUUCAUGGGAAGAUCGCUGUGGCGCACAACGGGGAGCUAACAAACGCUGUACGGCUCAGGAGGAAGCUUAUGCGGCAUGGUGUAGGACUGUCGACCAGUUCUGACAGUGAACUGAUCACCCAGCUGCUGGCUUUCACGCCCCCUCUAGAAAACGACGAUACAGCCGACUGGGUAGCAAGAAUAAAAAAUCUAAUGAAUGAAACUCCAACUUCGUAUUCAUUGCUCAUUAUGCAUAAAGACAUAAUCUAUGCAGUACGUGAUCCGUAUGGGAAUCGCCCACUCUGCAUUGGUCGCCUUAUUCCAGUAGGGGACAUGAAUGGAAAAGGAAAAGAUAACAGUGAAACAGAAGGAUGGGUCGUCUCCUCUGAAUCCUGUAGCUUUUUGUCUAUUGGUGCAGAAUACUAUCGCGAGGUCCUUCCUGGAGAGAUUGUGAAAAUAUCCAGAUAUGAUGUGCAGACGCUGGAUGUUGUACCAAGACCUGAAGGAGAUCCCUCAGCAUUCUGCAUCUUUGAAUAUGUUUAUUUUGCAAGACCAGACAGUAUUUUUGAAGGUCAGAUGGUGUAUUCAGUCAGGAGAAGAUGCGGGCAGCAGCUUGCCAUCGAAGCACCCGUGGAAGCAGACCUGGUCAGCACCGUUCCAGAGUCUGCAACCCCAGCAGCUCUGGGUUAUGCUCAAAAGUGCGGACUACCAUACGUUGAAGUACUCUGUAAAAAUCGAUAUGUAGGGAGAACGUUUAUCCAGCCAAAUAUGAGGUUACGGCAACUUGGUGUUGCAAAGAAGUUUGGCGUUCUGUCUGAUAAUUUUAAAGGCAAGCGAGUUGUUAUCAUUGAUGAUUCAAUUGUGAGGGGCAAUACCAUUUCACCCAUAAUAAAACUACUGAGAGAAUCAGGAGCCAAAGAGGUGCACAUCCGUGUGGCUUCACCUCCCAUAAGAUUUCCUUGUUACAUGGGAAUAAACAUUCCAACUAAAGAAGAACUCAUUGCCAACAGACCUGAAUUCCAUGAUCUUGCAAACUAUAUAGGCGCAGACAGCGUUGUCUAUCUUUCUGUGGAAGGGCUGGUAUCGUCCGUGCAAGAAAGCAUCAAAGCGAGACAAGAGAACGAGAACAGCUUUAAAAGCCAAAAAUCGCGCCUCGGAAAGAUUGGUCAUUGCACAGCGUGUCUCACUGGGGAGUAUCCUGUGGAGCUUGAGUGGUGA